AUGGCUUUCUUCAAACUCACCGCUGCCUUCAUCGUCGCCGCUCUGGCCGCGACCCGAGUUGCCGCGGAGACGCAUACCGUCAGCUUUACCAACAACUGUGGAUAUGGCACACCCAUCCUGAGAGACGGUUCAGGGAAUACGCUUUCUACUGGCGGAUCUUACACCGCCAAUAAUGCUCUGGACGGCCUCAUCUCGUACUUGCAGACAGGUGGCUGCGGAGAUAAUGGUGAAAGCUGCACGCUCAUUGAAGCCACGCUCUCCAACGGAUACAGCAGUGCCGAUAUUUCCCUUAUCUCUCCCCAUGCUUUCUCCGUGACUAGCGGAUUUGGAUAUUACGACGGCUGCGAUGGUGCUGGAGCAGACUGCACUUAUUCUGGCUGUCCGGACGCUUUUACCAGCCCGGACCAGACCUAUAAACAAGUUGGUUGCUCUGCUGAUAACGUUAAUCUCGCCAUCACGUUCUGCGAUUAG